CGAUGUUUAACUCAGGAGUGGACAAACGAAUGAGUUGAGUAUAGCAGGUGGACGAAGCACGUCAUGUUGUUUUCUUUUCUGCCGAGAACGUCGUGGGAGGAGUAUUCGACCUACUGCAGAGGCUGGUACUCGCCGCGUGAGCUCUUCUGAGCCUUGUAGAUGUUGUACCACUUGGAGCCCGCGACAACUCCUGCAAUCACGACAAACACGAUGCAGCCGUACAAGAUGAUGCGGUCCAAGUUGAGCGCCGACAGCAUUCCGAGCCACGAAUUGCCCACGGGCUUGCCCAGAUGGAACUCGAGGGCUUCCCGCGGGCUGGGUACGUUCAUUUUCGAGUCGGUCACGUUGGCCUUGAGCACCUGCGUCAGGAAAAAGUGCUUCUUGUACGUCGGGUACAUCUUGGGCGUCGUGUUGUAGUACAGCACGUUCCCGGGCCCGCGGACGUCCGUCAUGAUCAUGUUGCUGGCCUGGACAAUGGCGUCGCCCCGCCCCGUGUACGCGACCUUGACGACUGCGUCAAAGCACAGAAUGCGACCGGCUUCCACCGACCCACUGCCCGAGAUCUCGACGGCGUGGUACUUGCACACGCCCGAGCCGCUCGCAAACACCACAUCGCCGCUCUUGGUCACACGGGACGUGAUGUUCUUCAAGUCGAGCUUGGACGAAUAUAUGUGAAUCGAACCAGGACCGACGGACACACUCGUUAGGUUGCGGACGGCGAGCGUCGACACAAACGACACGACGUUGCCGGCACCUUCGACGCGGCUCACGAGCGUGUCAACCGUUCGGAGGGCCGUCGUCGCGCGCACCUGAAGGGAACCAUCGCCGGUCGACUGCAGAUCGAUCAAAGUCGCCGCCGACUGGUUCACGAACGCCACCAUGUUGCCGUCGCCGGUGGACAGGACGAGGUCGUCGCCGCCGAGAACGCCGCGGUCGACGUACGUUUCGGCAAGUCCAGACACGACGAUCGACGCGACGAUUGGAAACUUGACGAAUAUUUCAAUCAGCACUUGGCCAUCGAUCACGUCCGCCGCGUUGUGGCGCUCAAAGUUGAUGGUGAGGACACCGUCGAGCGCCGUCAUGUUGUACAUUUCCAAGAGCGCCAUCGACGCAGCUUCGACAGUCGUCGUGUCGUUCAAGAGUUGGAAAUCAUUCAACGACGUGCCGGAGAUGGUCACGGACCCGACUUGGUACUCGGACGGUUCUUCGUCCAAGCCCGACUGGAGAAACUUUGUCCAGUUGCUGACAAAUACUCGACCCGGCCCGUUGAUCACGAUGGACGUGAUGUUGUCCUCGAGGAUCGCGGGAAUGGUCGCAGGGUACGUCGGGGUAUCUGGACUUCUCGUAAACGGAGCGAUUGUGGGUUUGAUGGGAGUGGCUGUGGUCGAGUUGGCCAAAGUUGCAAUCCCGAUCUGCUUGUCGGGGGUUCCGCCACCUCCCCGAACGGCACCUGGAGACACAACUGGCACACCCAUUGGAGUGACCGUGGUGGGUGUCACCGAUGUGGAUGGUGGCGCUGUCGUCGUCGGUGGAGCACGCGUCGUCGUGGGUUCAACAGUUGUGGCAAGGGUAGUCGCAGCCGUCGUCGACGGUUUCUGCGUCGUGGGCAGCACGGAUGGUUGAAAAUUGAGCUCUUUCGCUCCUGGGGCUAACGAAGGCAGCGGCGACGCGGUCGGGACGGGAGGGGGCAUCGGACCGACGCACUGGAACUUGGCCGAUUGAAAGACACAUCCAAUGACGUUGGAAGUGGGGUUAAUGAUCCCACAGCACGUAGGGGCCACAACUUGAUGCCGGCCAUACACGGAGAGCUGUCCAAGACCUGGGCACGCAUGGUUCGCAACGUCUUGGCCCGCAACGUAAUUGCCCGAGCACGGAAUGUCGUCCACGCAAUAAACGCUGGCGCUGCCAAGCAGCGACACUUCGAACUGCGCACCUGGGCAAGCCCCUGUAGCUGCGAUGGUGCGUGUGAGCAGUGCCACAGCGACAACAAGACCGUCAAGGAACAGACGAACCAUCAGAGCGCGUCGGCGGCGAGGGAUUUGGGGAAGGCAGAGCUGAGGUUGGUCAGGCCUGCUCCUGUUGCACACG